AGGCAUGUAGUACCUACCUAUCUCACCCCCAAAAUCGUAGGUACUAUUUUUUGAGUGAAAUUAUCCAUAAUAACGAGGAACGUGUUAGAAUAACAGAAUAAUAAUAGUUUUUUUAUAUGGCUCAAUUUAUUUAGAGCGAGUAUACCUACACCACCAUGGCAUAUAAAUAAUAACCAUGCAUCAGUGAACUUGUUUAUUUAUGGAUACAUUUCUAAUCAAGAGUAGCAACAAAUUUAUUUGUACAUAUCAUUUAAAUCGCUAUACGUUUUUAAUACUUCUUGUAAAGUACAUGGAUUAAGCUGGAUUAAAUUCUAUCAGUAAUACUUAGUCAAGAGGUCAAAGAUAAUUCAAUAACAACGCUCAAUCAUGAAAUGUUCUGUAUUAUUUAUUGAGAUACUGAUCUUUGGCAUUAAUUUUAGUUCAGGUGAAUACGUCUAUAAUGUAAAUUAUGUCGACGUUCCAGUAGAUCACUUCAGUUUUACAAAUAAUGCCACAUUUAAGCUAAGAUACUUGAUAAACAGUUCAUAUUGGAAUAACGAUGGACCGAUAUUUUUUUAUACUGGAAACGAAGGGGAUAUUAACACGUUUGCUCAAAACUCUGGAUUUAUAUGGGAAAUUGCUCCCUCAUUUAAGGCUUUAAUCGUAUUUUGUGAGCACAGAUACUAUGGAACAUCGUUACCGUUUGGAGAUAAAUCUUUCUCAGAUCCCAUAUAUGUGGGUUACUUACAUUCUGCACAGGCGCUUGCCGAUUUUGUUUAUGUCAUAGACCAUAUACAAACUCUAAACGGAAAUGGUGAGGAUGAUUCGAAAAAUCCCGUUAUUGCAUUUGGGGGAUCAUACGGAGGAAUGUUGUCUUCAUGGUUACGAAUGAAGUAUCCUUCCAGUGUUUUGGGCGCAGUGGCAUCGUCGGCUCCAAUCUUACAAUUUGAAACACCUUGUGACGUAUUUAGUAGCAUUGUUACUUCGGUGUUUCGAACAUCGUCAGAAACUAAUGACUGUGCGGAUGUAAUAAAGAAAUCCUGGUCAGCACUUCGGAAUGUAACUGGAAGUGCCGAGGGUCGCCAAUGGUUGACAAAAACUUGGAAGCUUUGCGAUACUUUGAAAGAUAACGAUGUCGAGGUGCUAUUUAAUUGGUUGCAAGAUGUGUAUGGCAAUUUGGCAAUGGUUAACUACCCAUAUCCUACCAGUUUUCUCUCGACGCUACCCGCAAAUCCCGUUAAAGCAUUUUGUAGUAAAUUACCUGUAACUACACAUAAACCAAAGCCUCUCAUUGAAGAAUUGGGAAGAGCAUUAAAUAUAUACACUAACUAUACCAAACAGACCAAAUGCGUGAAUAUAACCAAAUCUUCCUGGGGUGGUAUCGACGAUUUUGCUUGGAAUUUUCAGGCUUGUACUGAAAUGAUUAUGCCAAUGUGUUCGACCAAACGCGACAUGUUUGAAGAACAAGCUUGGAAUUAUACCAAGUUUUCACAGGACUGCUAUGAAGUUUGGAAAGUUCACAUUGCGCGACCGAAUUUGGCCAUUCGAGAGUAUGGUGGCAAGCAUUUAGCUGCUGCUUCCAACAUAAUAUUCACAAAUGGUUUAAUGGAUCCUUGGUCUGGAGGUGGCGUUUUGCAAAACGUAUCGCGUUCUGUAUAUGCUAUUGUUAUGCCUGAUACAGCUCAUCAUUUGGACUUACGAGGAUAUAAUAUAGCCGAUCCUCCUUCCGUUUUAAACGCAAGAUAUCAUAUACAAGUGGUCAUUCGUAAAUGGAUUCGCACGUAUUAUCGGGAAUAUUUAAAUAUGUAUUACCAUUGAAUAUCGAGUUGGAUAUUCAAUGGUAUUACCUACGUAGGUAUAAGUAUCUGUAAUAUUGUCAAACCAUAAAUUUGGAGUUUUUUUUA